CUGGGGGACAAACUCACACACACACACACACACGCCCUUUCUCUCGCUCUUUCAAAGUCUGUGUAUUAAGCUGCCGGAGGCCGGAUCUCCCGCCGGAGGCUCCGACCUGAGAAAACAUACAGCCGUGGCUCCUCCGUCAGGGCAACAGCAACAGAGCAACCACAGCAACCUCUCACGACGAAGAACCGCCCCUUCUUCUAAUUCGUCGCCGUCACGUCCAUCGGCUCCUACUCGGAUCAUUUACAGAGAAACUCUUGGUCCUUCGUCGUUUUCGGAAUCGGAUCUAGACCUUCCGUUUUGGCAACGGACUUGGUUUAUUGGAAUUCUACUGGUGAUGGCGCUGUCUUUCUUUGGUCUCGCUAUAUUUCUCUUCCUAACCCUAGACUCAGAUUACAACACCUCUCCUGUCUACGCUGCCACUUCCGAAGGCGUUGAGAUUACUUAUGGGUCGGUACUCAAGCUGAUGCAUGAAAAGACAAGAUUCCGAUUGCACUCGCAUGAUGUGCCUUAUGGAUCAGGCAGUGGGCAGCAAUCUGUUACCGGUUUUCCUAAUGUAGAUGAUGCCAAUAGCUACUGGAUUGUGAGGCCUAUGCCAGAGACAUCAGCAAAACAGGGAGAUGGUAUAAAAAGUGGAACCAUCAUUCGGCUGCAACACAUGAAAACCAGGAGAUGGCUCCAUAGCCACUUGCAUGCUUCACCUAUAUCAGGCAAUCUAGAGGUGAGUUGCUUUGGAGAUGAUGGCAAUUCAGAUACCGGAGAUUAUUGGAGACUUGAAAUUGAGGGAAGCGGAAAAACUUGGAGACAAGAUCAGAGAAUAAGGCUUCGCCAUGUUGACACAAGCGGAUAUCUACACAGCCACGAUAAGAAAUACAACCGCAUUGCUGGUGGUCAGCAAGAGGUUUGUGGUGUGAGGGAGAAACGUGCGGACAACGUUUGGUUGGUGGUGGAGGGCGUCUUUCUACCGGUCUCCAAAAGCAAAUGAACGGAUCGCGUAUAAUGUAGGUCGUUGUUUUUUUUCCUCUAGAUCUUGCAUUUAUUAUCGUUCGAUAUCAUCGACAUAUGCAAGCCUAUCUGCAGGUUUGAUAAGUGAACCAAAAACACUUGAAGCAAGUGAUAUACAUAUAGGAGUGUACCAGCUUUUGGGGCCUUAGAUAUCUAUUUGUUCGACUCCAUGAUACGUUUACCCUUUCUUCCUUUCUCUUGGGUGCAUGUGGAUGUGUAACAAGGCCUACUUUUCGUCUCUUUGUACGUUUCCUUUAAUAAAAUACGACUCUAGGAACAGUUUUGGG